AUGGCCCCAGAGGUUGAAGCUUAUGCCCAAGAACCACUGGAUCAUGGUGAUGCCAGCGACCUGAGCGCAGAUGCUUCCAAUGGCCGCUUCAAAGAGGACCUGCUCGAUGCCAUCACCGACAUCCAAUCCGUUGGAACAUUCGCAUCCUCGGUACCAAUCGGUAGAAUAGGUCCUCUUCCCAUUUCUGUAAACGGAGUGGGGGAAAUAGCGCUGCCUCUUGGCGAGUCUCAAGCGCGGCAGAUUAUAGCACAGGCUCAUCAGGCGCCUUAUGGUAAGGGGAGCGAUACCAUUGUCGAUACUGCCGUGCGGAAUACGUGGGAACUUGAUCCCUCGCAAUUCGACAUCGGAUCGCCAGGUUGGGCCGGGCUUGUCCAACAACUUUGCCAACAUGUUGCUGCAAGCCUAGGCAUUAACACGGCUGUUCACGCUGAGAUCUACAAGAUGUUGGUCUAUGAGAAGGGUGCUAUGUUCAAAGCGCACACAGACACUGAAAAGAUCCCUGGCAUGUUUGGUACGCUUGUCAUCAGUUUACCAUCUAUUCACACUGGAGGCGAUGUUAUUCUCAAGCAUUGUGGCGAGACUAUUACCUAUUCCUCGUCAAAACACGACAUGUCCUGCGCCAGCUGGUACUCGGACGUGUCCCACGAAGUCCUGCCCGUUACUUCGGGCUACCGAUGGAUCCUCGCUUUUAACCUCGCCAUCGAUCAAUCACUACCACCCCCUUCUGCCGGGUACAGUCCUUCUCAAAUGCUUCCAAUUCGCCGCUGCCUUGAGCGAUGGCUCGCUCUCGAGAAGCAGACUCGCCAGAACAAGUACGUGUAUCAUGUGCUGGACCACGAAUAUACCGAGGCGAACGUAUCCUUCCGCUCACUGAAGGGUGACGACUUGACCCGCAUCACAGCCCUUCAAGAAGCUUGCGAUGGGCUGCCAGUCAGUCUGUUCCUUGCACUCCUCGAAAAAAAGGAGUUCGGAAGUGUAUACAUGGACCCUUGGUUGAAAGGGAAGAAGCGUAAAUGGUAUGAGGACGAAAUUGACUACGGCGAAGAUCCAGGGGCCUAUCAUGAACUCGAAGAUGUCUUCGAAGGUCCGACUGCUACACACUGGUAUCGCGUCGGGGCCAUCACAGUCGUCCCUCACGACUCGAUCGUCAAUUAUCUUGGUAAUUGUAGACAGUUUUAUGGGUCCUCGACCACACCUCUUCGAUUCCAGAUAGACUGGCUUGCUCACCAAUGCAUGGUCUAUGAUGCGCCAGAAUAUCUGGUUACAGCUAUGAAGCAGCUUUUUAACCGAGCGCUCAGUGAGAGCAAAAGCCCAAACGAUAUGUGGAAGUCGAUGGGAGAUGUAACCAUCGUGCAGACAGUUAUCAAGGCGGCUUUGCAACAGCACGAGUACCAGUUCUUCGAGAUGGCCAUGUCUAAGUUUUACCAUGCCUUGACCCCAGACCUUUUUGAGUGGGUGAGAGACUGGAUAAUCGAGGAAGAAGAUGAAGACGACAAACGUCUAGAGCGUUUCGAAAAGAUAAAAACUGCACUCCAGCCCGCAGUAUCACCAUCCGGUAGCUUCGGUCCCCAGUUUCAGAACAUCAAGAGCCUGGCGCCUCUUCCGAAAGCCCUCAACCCUGACCUCACCCCUGUACCUGGGCCAAUGCUGGAAUGGGCUCGCUCAUCAUUGCGCAAGCUCCUUGAGGGUGAAGAACCUACAGAUGUUGGCCAGAGUGAUGGCUCAGCCUUGGUUGAUCAAGCUAUCUACUUUGAGGAUCCGAUACUUGUUCUGACUCAAAGCGUGGUACCCAUCUUUGAGAAGCGUCUUGCGGCCCCUGCGUUCCGCUUGAGUCUUCUGAACCGCCUGAAGGAACUUGGCAGAAACGGAACACUUCCCAAAGAAGAGGCCAUGAAUCUCUACCGAACUUUGGUCCGAGUUUUCGUUACUUCUCAAGACUUCACUUGUAUACUUGAUCAAAGAUAUAUCGAGGCUCUCGAAAACAGAAGACUGCGUCAGACGCGACCCAACGAGACUCCCAUAAGCAAUCCUAACGCGACCAAAAAUACUGUGGACUAUAAGAUGCUACUUCUGUUCUUCACUUGCAUCCUCGAGGAAAGCACUGAUUUGGAUAAUCUCGCAAGUCAGUUUGUAGCCAAGGUCACUUCGCAAUCCGAUAAACUUCCACAUCUUGAGCGCAUUACCAUUUGGUUGCCACUUCUAGCCCCUAUGAUUCAAAAGCUUGAGGCGAAGAACACCCCUCUCGAUACACCCGUCUACCGCGAAUUCUUCUCUGCCAUCAUCACAGGUGUCAUCGAUGGAUACGUCGGCCCCAAGCCCACGGAAACGGCCAACUAUUCCAUGGCUGGUGUAUACUGCAGCUGUGGUGACUGCACAGCCCUGAACGCAUUUCUGAGCCACUCGUCACUCAAGUCACAAGGGUUUCCCCUGAGUAAACCACGUCGUCACCACAUGCACCAAAGCCUCGAUGGCGCAGGCGUUCGCUGCACUCACCAAAUGGUGCGGACAACCCACCCAGAAACUUUGGUAGUGACCAAGCAAACCCAGCAAGAGGAGGUCAAGUCACAGCGCUGGAUAAUGCGUAAGGACACUGUUCUUGGCCAUCUGAAUCGGAUCCAGAUAGACCACCUCAGGACAUUCUUAGGGGAGGGUUACGAGAAGGUCGAUCUGCUUAGACGUGGACAGGCAAUUCAAGCGAAUCUUCCGUCGCGGCCAGUGGUUGGAGAUAAGCGCAGGAUCAGCCAGACAGAAGUGGCAGUCAUUGAUUUGACGAGCGAUUAA